AGAAAAUCCUGAAGAAAGGUAAAGGUCUGGCAACAACCCAGGAGGCCGAAGAGGAAAUCACGUGAGAUCGAAGUGUGACGGGCUUUGUUUUGCGCGAAAGAAAAAGCAAUACUACAGCGAUAUCCCGCAAAGUAAAGAUGCGACGGCUGUUUCUACAUCGGAAUGGGAGGUAAAAGCGCGAAACCCAAGAUUCCCUCCUAUGAGCCCUACCAGUGCUGUCCUGCGAAGGUUGCUCGCGGCACUAAGCUCGCCAAGGCCACAAAAGUCAGCCCCGUUAUCAAGGAAAAGGAUAGGGUGGUCCAUGGUAAGGUCAGAGGAAGACUCGGUAAAACGGAAACUUCGGCGUUGAAGCCUAUUAACAAGCUCACACCAAAGGAGAGCAAAAAGAUGGCGACAAGUUCAUCGAUCAAGAGUGCAACAGCCACCUCCAGUCCAACCACCGUAGUCAAGCAAUCCCAUUCGAAGGUCAAAAGAGGAUUUUUCGGAAGUGUUAUGGCCGGUCUUCCGUACCUCAUGAAGGUUUAAGAAGAAUUACGCUACGAGAGGGGAACUAUAACUGAGAGAGAUUAAGAGAAAAAAAGAAAUGGAAAAAGAAAGAUAGAAAAAGAGAGAGAGAGAGAGAGAGAGAAAGAGAGAGAGAAAAAGAGAAAGAGAGAGAGAUCGAUGGACCGAAGCUUUAAGACAAAACAUAAUUGAUGUCUAACCAAUAGGAAGACAAGGAAGAUUCUAUAUCCACUGGAGUAUUAGACGUCGUCUCGAUUAAUAGGAGAAAAAACAAAACAACAACAACAACAACAACUCCAAUAACAAAAACAACAACAACAACAACAACAACAACAACAAUCAAAAUAUUACAAAAUAUUAAUAAUAACAAGAUAGCACAUUGAAGAGUGCACUCUAUAAAUAUCUAAAAAGAUUACAUUUAUCUUAUCUUAUCUAUCGAUUAUACGUACAUAUAUAUUCGAAUGAUCAUUAUUCGUUAAUAUCUCCUACAUCAUCUUGUUAUCAUCGUCAUCAUCAUCAUCAUAUCAUCAUCAUCAUCAUCGUCAUCUUCUAUCAUAGAUCAAAACAAUGAUCAUAUUGUCUCUUUAUGAUUACAAAAACGAAUUAUCUGUUACUUUGUUUGAAUCUACCGCAUCGUCACUUUUUCUUCACGCGUACAUAUUUCCUUUCUUUUUUCCGUUCUUCUCUUUGUUUAUUUUUCUUCUCGAUUUUUUUUUCUUCCUCUAUUUAUUUUAUUUAUUUAUUUAUUUAUUUAUUUUGUUUUUUUUUUUUUUUUUUUUUUUAAUAGAUUAUAAUAAUAUACGUCUGUCAGACAUUUCAUAUGCAUCACACACCCCCACAAUCCCUUCCUUCCUUUCUUCCUUCCUAUCUCUCUCACCGAUCAUCAAUCCAAUCACGUCAACCCACUUAUUUUAAUUAUUGUUGACUAUUUAAGAUGUUUAUUCAUUGUUAUUACUUUAGAAUUGAUUAGAGUGAUCAUAUUCUCUCAAUGAUUAGUGUAUCUCGGUUUGUCUGUUAUUUUCUCACUAAUUAUAUAGGAUAUAUAUAUAUAUAUAUAUAUAUAUAUAUAUAUAUAUAUAUUCAUUAUCAAUAAUUCUAUUCGUAAUUAGCAAAUGAAAUAUACAUAUAAUAUAUAACUGCGUCGCAAUCAUUAACAUCAUAACGAUUUAUAUAUUUAUAUAUAUAUAUAUACAUGAAAUCGCUUUUGUUGCAUUUCAUCGGUAAUAUAUUCAAGAAAAAUGCCUAAGGGACUAUAUAGAAAUAUUAACGAG